AUGCUGAAGGAAGUGGGAGGCCCUUUCGCGGAUGAAACGCGCAUCUCGCUGGUGAAGAAGUUGAAUGAUUUGAAGUUCUCGUCCCUGGAGGAUCGCACUGCGGAGGGGUCUACUGAAGCAGGGGAGGAGAAGAAGAACACGGAUGAGGUGUCGUCCCCGGCCGUAGCUCCAGAGGUUCCUGCUGAAGGGGAAGAAGAAGAGGAGGAUGAGGAUGACGGGUACCUCAGUGAUGACCCGGAGGAACGUUUUGACCCCGUGAAGGCGGGGGAGAUCGCCGCGCGUGCUGGCUUUUCAAUCACGCUGCUGAUCCCGAUCAAGUACGAAGAGGAGGUGGAGCGGACUAUUGACACGGUUAAGGGUCUGCUGGCGCUGUGGAGAAAGUAUAUGUCGGCGCAUGUGCUGACAACGACGAAGUGUCAAGUGCUCUUACCGGCGUGGUUGUCAAAGAAGCGUUACGGACGGCUGCAAGUUACCUUUCAGCAGGCGUCGGACGCGAACUACGCGUGGUGCCGCAGGGUUGAGCACAAGAUGUUGAACGGUGUUGGCAUCACCCUUGACUGGCAGCACCCAGAAAACCCGCUGUACAUCAUGGAACGCGAGAAGCACCCAGACUCGGUCGAAGUGCUCCUAAAGAGUGUGCCUGCCGCCAUAACGCCGGAGAUGGUUUAUGAGUACCUGGUGACGGCGGUGCUGGAGAAGCGUGGCAGAACCCCCUUCUUGAGUGGUUCGGCUUUCCACCGGGUCGUUGAUCCGGUUACUGGUGCGGACACAGACAAGAUCAGGGGCUCGGUCAAAGGCCACCCGGGGGAUAAGUAUCGCUGGUGGCACCUGCUGACUGACUCGGUGCACCACAGGCAGCUUCUUGUCCAUUUUCCAUCGCUUUCCUGUGAUUUCUGCAACGGCAUGCACAUGACAAACCGGGAAGACUGGCUGUGUGUCCAGGAGGCGUGUGGGAAGGUGCACGGCUCCAGUUUCUCCCAGGCGUUGGUGCAUGUGAAAUCGGUCCACCACUGCACCGCGCUUCUGCAAGGGGGUUCGGCAAGCAGGAGAAGCCGGGGGAAGAUGAAUUUGAUCCCGGUCCGCAAGGAGUUUGGGCUGCAGAAGUGA